AAAAUAAAUUAAUUUGUAUAUGACCAUAUUAAGCAUCCAAUUACUAUGUUGGUUACCAGCCAAUUUGAAUUUUCAGAUCUAGUCCUACAAUUCUCGAUCUUUUCAUCAUUUUAUUUUUCAGAAAUAAAUGUUACUAAUCCUUAUCCCUACACACACACACACACACAGAAACAGAGAGAACUUAUUAUGGUGAUGGUGGUUAUUGCCUUCCAUCCAUAUUGUUCUUCUCUAUUGCAGUAUUAUAUUUAUUAAAUUCUAAGAAUAUUUUAAGUGAAUAAACUUACAAUUUAUAACAAGGUAGAUGGCAUUUAAAACUUGCAAGUUUAAUGCAAAAGGAUUUGUGUAUUCAAGGACAAGGCCACAAAAUCCUCUCUUGACGAAUACUCAUCCCUUUCCCAAACUUUUACCGCUAGCAAAUUAACCAGGGGCAAUUUACCCAUCUUCCCUUUUUCUGAUUUCUGUCGAUAUUCCCACUGUUUGCUAUGUUUCCAACCUACAAAGUACUUAAUUAUCAUAAUUAAUUAGUCAUCCGAGUAGAUAAAAGUAUUCAAUAACAUAGGACAAGUAAUUUCUUUAGUUAGGGCUACGUACUGUGGUGUGGUGCUUCUCUGCUUAUAAAUAGUGCAAAUCUGAAUUCAAGCUCCCAUCUGAUCAUGAAUAACAUGGAUAUGAGAACCAUAGUUGCAAUGGUCCUUAUGUUUGUUGUACUCAGGAUUAAUGGGGUUGAAGGAGGAGCUCUCCAGUACAACUUUUACGAGAAGUCAUGCCCACAACUUGAGGAUAUUGUCAGAGCUGGCCUUCAACCCAUCUUUCUCACUGAUCCCACCUCACCUGCAGCUUUGUUGAGGCUCAUGUUCCAUGACUGCCAAGUUCAGGGCUGCGAUGCUUCCAUUCUGGUUGAUCCGGUUGAGGCAGAUGGGUUAUCCGAGAUGACUUCAGCGAAAAAUUUUGGAAUUCGAAAGAGGGAGUUAAUCAGCAUUCUCAAGUCAAUGGUUGAAGCAGCAUGCCCCGAACAAGUUUCAUGUGCCGACAUUCUCGUAUUGGCUGCUCGAGAGGCGGUUGCUAGGUCCGGGGGGCCACAGAUAAAGGUUCCCUUGGGCCGGCGGGAUUCCUCCACUGCUCCAAGCUAUGAACUUGCCGAUACUUUAAUCCCUCCUGCAACUACCGGGGUCGAUGACAUGCUUCAUAUUUUUGCCAGAAAAGGAAUGACCAUUGAAGAAUCCGUCGCCAUUAUGGGCGCACAUACGCUAGGAGUUACACAUUGUUUAAACAUUGUGAAUCGUCUGUACAAACCUGAAGGUGGCGAGGGUGAUCAAGGAUUAAUGGAGCCGAGAUUUGAAGCAUUCUUAAGGUUGAAUUGUCCAAAAGGGUGUUUAGCAGCCUCAAACGCAAGUUUUGUUCUUAAUGAUCCUACCGCAUUAAUGUUUGAUAAUCGGUAUUACAUGAAUGCAAUGGGCGGGCGCGGUGUGCUGAGAAUUGAUGCUGAAAUAGUGUUGGAUCCUCGAACGGCUCAAAUUGUGGAACAUUUUGCCGCUGAUCAGGAUGAUUUCUUUCAUGCAUUUUCCACUGCCUUUCUGAAGCUCUCUGCUUCAGGUGUCCUGAUCGGGGAUCAAGGUGUUGUUAGAAACAAAUGUAACGUAAUAGACUAAGAACUUUUCGAACAUGCAUGUAGUUUACUAUAUAUAUAUUAAUAUUAUUAUGAUUAUUGGCCUUCUCA